CCCACCGCCACCCAGGACGGCGGGGGUUGUGGGUGAGGCCCCGCCAGCAGCCUGCGUGUCUGAGCUGAGCCACCCGGGGUCAGUGAGGCUCAGGUGCCCUGCUCUCCCCUGCUCUGCUCUGAUGCCUGCCCCUCACCACGCUCCGGACAGGCCGGAGCAGCUGCAGGGCCCAGGGCCUGUCCCGCCCCGUCCUUCUCCCCAGAGGCCGUCCAGGGCCCUCUCAGCCCAUACUUGCGCUGGUGCCUAAGGCUGCUCCCCGUCUCCUCCUAAGCACCCGCCUGACAACUCUCCUGACUCGGUUUCUCAUCAGAGGGGCCCAUCUUAGGGGCCUUCAUGUCCCUGCACCCCCAUUGCUCUGGCCAGACCCCGGGGUCCUCUGCGGCACCCCCACAUCCAGGGAGCAGUCUCAUUUCACGAUAGCCACCCAUCUCCCAUGCAGAGCCGGUGACUUGCCUCCCAAGACUGCUCUCCUUCUGUGUCUUCUCCCUGCACCCUGUACGGGCUGAUCCGGGAGUUCGCCAUUUGCUCUCAGCACGUGAGGUCCUCUUCCCACGUCUUUGGCCACAGUCAGCACCUCUGGCCCUUCUGAACCCCAGGCCCUGCUCUCCUUAGUGGCACCUCAUUUAGGACUCAGGAGGCAGGGGUGGCAGGUGCCGGUGACAGAGAAACAAAGAGAAAAGUCAAGUCGUGCUGGGUCUCACUGUUUGUAUAUGAGUUCGCGUCUGGCAGGGAGGCCUGCCCUCCCACCCUCGUCCAGGGGGCCGUGUGUUGAUGUGGGCGAUGUGGGUGUGCUGACUGCACACGCAGAUGAGUGUUGCCCUCGUAUAAGAUGCGGGGAAUCCGUGCCCGCUGGCCCCGAGGGCCCCUGCCAGGAGAACAGGCUGCUGGCAUCCAUCCCAGGGAGCCAUCCUGUUUUUUAUGCUGAGUCGUGGCACCUGGAGCUCCGUCCCAGGGAUACAUCCGGGCAGGGAAGAUUUUGUACCAUAUUCCGCUCCUACUCUCGGGGCGCACAGGGUGUGAUCCUGGUCUAUGACAUCGCAAACCGCUGGUCCUUUGAUGGCAUCGACCGGUGGAUUAAGGAGAUAGAUGAGCAUGCCCCUGGUGUUCCUAAAAUCCUGGUGGGAAACCGCCUGCAUUUGGCCUUCAAGCGGCAAGUCCCCACGGAGCAGGCCCAGGCCUACGCGGAGCGCCUGGGCGUCACCUUCUUCGAGGUCAGCCCUCUGUGUAACUUCAACAUCACCGAGUCCUUCACGGAGCUGGCCAGGACCGUGCUGCUGCGACAUGGGAUGGACCGGCUCUGGAGGCCGAGCAAGGUGCUGACCCUCCAGGACCUCUGCUGCCGAGCCGUGGUGUCCUGCACGCCCGUGCACCUGGUCGACAGGCUCCCGCUGCCCAUGGCCUUGAGGAGCCACCUCAAAUCCUUCUCCAUGGCCAGUGGCCUGAAUGCCAGGAUGAUGCACGGCCGCUCCUACUCGCUCACCUCCAGCUCCACCCACAAGAGGAGCAGCCUCCGAAAGGUGAAGGCCGCCCGCCCCCCCCAGAGCCCGCCCAAGCGCUGCCCCCGGAACAGCUGUAAAGUCUCCUGAGGGGGCGAGGACUCGACGCCAGCCCCUCCAGGGGAGCCUCUGAGCCGCCACACGUGGGGCGCUGGAGCCCCAUGCAGGCCCAGGAAAGCGCCUGCCAGUCUUCCAUGGCGACCAGGCCGCCCCGUGCGUUGAAAGACCCUCCACAGCUUGACUUGGAUGUUUCCACGUGGAUGUGCAUGAAGCUCUUGUUUUAGACGUGUAUUUAUAAAGGGGGGUCAGCUCUCUGCUCAGCUCUUGGUAACUUGAGAUUCCGGGUGUCACUUACGUCGUGGCUGCAGCACAGCCUUUCCUUAACAUAACUGCUUUUAUAAGAACAGUGACAUGUGUGUCACGACUGCAAAUUCCAGGGACUCUGGAAAGCAACGGGAGAGAGAAAUUAGUCUUCGACCUCACGAGAGGGCCUUUUUGCAAACCUCCUCUUCACCCCGGAGCGCGAGUUUAUGAAGCGCUGUGGAGAAUCAAGUGCAUGGCCGCGUUGUCCAGCUCGAGUCUGACACGGAUUUGAUAAAGUUUUUGCUAUGUUAUUUACCAUGUUUUGGGAUUAAUAAGUGAUUUAUAUGCAUAUUUUUCUGUAAAUCUACAUUUUUUUGUACAAGAUGUUCCACAGGUUAUGAAGCUAAGGGAAGAAAAUGCCAAAGAUCUCUCUAGUUGUGCCGAGCGGCCGCGGCAUAGUUACAACAGAUCCAGAUCAGCAAGGAAAGUGUCACUCAAAGUCGUUUCGGUGAGGAAUGAAGUGGACACUAUUGUUUAAGGAAAUGUUUCUUGACAAUAAAAUGUAUACUUGUUUCUUGGUAGGACUGUCA